AUGGAUGAUGAGACUCUUGACGAGCUCGGUGAGGAUUUCCUCGAAGAUCUUCCAGAUGGAGCUCUGCCCGUUCACCACGAUGGUGCUGCGCCUUCCCUUACUGACGGUGCUCAGCCGCCCUCGUUGGGCGAACCAGCAGCAAAAAAGCUAUGCAGCAAAGGGCAAUCCUCGGAUGCUGGUACUUCUUCCGUCGCCACCGCGACGCACUCGGCGCCUCCUCCGAUCUCUCACGCGAGCUACUCCAAUAUCUCUGCGCCGCUCCUACUCCAGUCGCUGACGCGCAAUACGCAAUCGACGGUGGACGUCAUCUUUUCCGAGUCCCCCGCGGAGGAGGUUCGUGCCGCGGUUCUCGCCCGCAUCUCGUCCCUGAUCAAUGGACAGACCUUCAACAUCGUCAUUCCCUCUCUCGAGUCGGCUGCUAGUGAGGCCCUGAGGCUGCGGCGCUGUACCUACUCCAGACACUCCUACUCGUGGCCGUCCGCUAAUGAUGCACGUAUCUUUCGUGGUCUGUUUCUGAUUUCGGUUUGCCUGCCUAACAAUCGUGCGAUGGAGGUUAAGGUUUUCAAUGAUCCCAAUCAGGACUUCACGCUGGCCCGUGCUAGGGGCGACACCCACCUGGUACUUCAUAACGUACUACUCGGCUACUCCCCUGAACGCAUGCGCGCCACUCUGCUGGCGGGCAGGACCGAGUCCACACUCCCAUGGCUCGCCGAUCUUCGUGUAUUCCAUCGGCUCAAGGACCCGUAUGACGAGUCCGCCUACUCCCAACUGCUCGGCAUCCCAGUGGCUGCUGAUGGCGAUGCUGGCUUUGAUCGGAUUCAUGUUCUUCAGGGAGUUAACGGUACCCCCUUCACUCAUCCUAUAGACCCUUGCCUUGUGAAUUUAUGCCUGUCUGUUUUCUCCUUCCUUUUAAUGCUCUAUAUUCGUGAUCUUGUCCACAUCCCUCGUCCCAAUGGCUCCACUUUGCGGUUUCGCACUCCACCCCCUGGUCUGUGCUCCCGACCCUUUCACGCCCUCUCUCUUUUUGUCUCUAUGCCACUUCGCCCUAUGGACUACCCUCUCCUCAGGGCGUCUGAUUGGCCAGCAGCCCACCCCCGCGGCAUUCAAGGAGCCCGGGCUCCUGCUCAUUAG